UUAUCCACCGCAGUGCCCCACCGGCGUCUUCCUCGGCCGCUCCCGUUUCCUCUCCUCGUGGCUUCCUCCCCGCCAGGCGCCGAAUCCUUGACACGAGGUCGCCGCCAUGGAUAAGAAUCAGAAGAACCUCCUGUACCUGUUCGAGUUGCCGUUCGACCCCAUCAGCCUCCCUCGCAGCGGCGGGAAGAUCCACUUCGAUCUCGAAAAUGAUGUCAUGCGACCCCCAGUGGUCGCCACGAGACUUGGCGGCGGUAUCCCCGUGGAAACGAUGCCCGUGCCCGAUCGCGGGGACGUCCUCUUACAAAACCUGGGCACCGCCACCACCGUGCCCCUUGGCUCGCCCUUCUCCUUCUUCAUCAAGGCGCAUCGUCAGGCCGCCAAGGACCUCUGCGACGUCUUCAUGAACACGAAGGACGCCGAGGACCUCCUGCAGGUGGCAGCACGCGUGCAUGACCAUGUGAACGAGACGCUGUUCAUCUACGCCCUCUCCUUCGUCAUCCUCAGAAAGAAGGAGCUUCGUAACACCCGUCUACCGAGCAUAAUCGAAGUGUUUCCCUGCAAAUUUAUCCUUCAAGAACAACUAAUGAAAGCACAGUUGGAAGUCAAUCGAUCCAACCCUAAUGAUUCUACGCCAAUUGUGGUGGAGCACGGACUCGAGUUUUCCGGGACGCACCUGAAGCCCGAGCACCGCCUGGCCUACUGGAGGGAGGACUAUGGCAUCAACGCCCACCACUGGCACUGGCACCUCGUCUACCCUAUCGAUAUGGAUGUCGACCGAGACCGGAAGGGAGAACUGUUCUACUACAUGCACCAGCAGAUGAUCGCCAGGUACGAUAUGGAGCGCCUCAGCCUGGGCCUCCCGAGGGUGCAGAAGCUCGAGAACUGGCGAGCUCCUAUCGCAGACGGCUUCUUCUCAAAGCUGACCACGAACAACUCCGGAAGAGCUUGGGGGACGAGGCAGGAUGAUACCAUAAUGCAGGACUUUCAACGAAAUGACUUUGGUCUCGCCUUCACCGACGUCACCGACCUGGAGAUCUGGCGGUCCCGGAUCCUCGAUGCUAUUCACCAGGGAUUCAUGAUCAACCGCCAAGGGGAACGAGUGAUUCUCAGCGAUGACGUCACUUCCGGCAAGCGAGGCAUCGAUAUCCUCGGCGAUGCAUUGGAGUCCGACUCAAGCCUCAGUGUGAAUUCCCCUUACUACGGUGACCUCCACAACAUGGGUCACGUCCUCAUAGCUUUCUCGCAUGACCCUGACUUCGCCCAUAAGGAGGAAAUGGCUGUCAUGGGUGACACCGCGACUGCCAUGAGGGACCCAGUCUUCUACCGCUGGCACAAGUUCGUGGAUGACACCUUCCAAGAGUACAAGUUAAUGCAGGAACCAUACACUGAGAAGGAGCUUAAUCUCCCGGGCGUGAAGAUCGAGCGCGCGGGCGUCGUCAGGAACAACGAGGCGGACAUCCUCCACACAGGCUGGAACACCCGGCUCUUCGAAGCCAGCCGCGGUCUGGACUUCAACGGGCGGUCUGUCAUGGUGAGCCUCACCCACCUCGACCACGAGCCCUUCAACUACCACUUGCAGGUUAGCAACAAUGAAAGAGGGACGAAGGACGUUACGGUCAGGGUGUUCUUGGCCCCGAAGUUCAACGCUCGAGGCCAGAAAAUGUCCUUCAUGGAACAACGCAUCCUGUGGGCCGAGAUGGACAAAUUCACCGUUUCCUUGAAGCCCGGGAAUAAUCACAUCGUAAGGUCUUCGAAGGACUCGUCCAUCACAAACACCGAGGAACUGACCUUCAGGGAACUUGAGGACAUCGAUCGAGAAUCUCCAGAGGCCACGCCCCUCAACUUCUGCGGGUGCGGGUGGCCUCAGCAUAUGCUCCUCCCCCGCGGUCGCCCCGAGGGCAUGGCAUUCCAGCUGUUCUUCAUGCUCACGGACUAUGCCAAAGAUAAGGUGGUCCAACGAACUACCCAACGGUGUACCAACGCGGUAUCUUUCUGCGGGAUUCAGGAUGCCAAGUACCCCGACACCCGGGCUAUGGGCUUUCCAUUUGACCGCAGCCCAGUACCCAUGUUGCUCGGCGACAGUGUCAGAGAAGCUGCAGACUAUGCACGCCUCGAUAACGCUUAUAUCCAUGAUAUUACUAUCAAGUUCUUGGGAGAGAAGCUGAAGAGAAACUAAGUUGGAAUGGUUUAGUGUCCCCACAAACUGGGGUCCGUUUUCUAUGAUGCUACCUUUGUAUGAAAUGUAAGGAGUGCUAUUAAGUACAUUUAUUUGUAAUGUAUGUUUACAUUAUGGUACGCUGAUUUUCUCUUGGUUAAUGUUACCGAGAGCGACGCACUGAUGGAGAGAAAUGGACACUGCUAACUUAUAGAGCAUAAAAAAGAGAGUAAUAAACAUCACAGGUACAGCUACAGCAGCCUCAUAUUUACCGCGACAUGAAAAUAUCCGCUGCAUAUCACAGCUUAGAGAUUAAAAGUCUAUAACUCCCUAACGCAGCCAGGGUUCUUAAUACCGUGUUUUCUUUAAGUAGGGGCGAAGUGCUAAUAAAGAAGGGAAGGGUCCAGGUGGGUAGAAGGUAGGAAAUGUUAGGUUUGGAUUUUGGGUUCACAAGAUAGCCUGAGGGGUGCUCAUUCUCGGUAACAAAUACCUUUUAGUUGUAUCUGCAUUAUAUAGAAAUACUAAGUGGUUUUAUUAUAUAUAACUGCGAAUACUGUUUCCUCUAUAUUAUUGUAUUCUCUGUAAUAACUAUUAUGCAUACCACCCUAUAAGAUAGUUUCAUACUUCAGUCAGUACAUAUAUAUUAUCAUAUGUAAACAAGUGAAAUGUAUAUAAAUAAACUUACAUUUACUUCUGCAAA